UACAUGCACACAUUGUUCAGUUACAUAAAAUUUGUGACGGUUUUUAUCAAGACUUGAUUUCAAAAACUUAGUUUCAAUAGCAAAACUAAAUUAUAAAUAAUAUAAAUUUAUGAAAAUGGUGUCUCUAUUAAGAGCACUAACGAACAUUCGCAAUUGUGGGAGCCAGUUAAAACAAUUUCAUGGUGAAACAUCAAGCAUAGCUCGUUUAUCACAGCACCGCUAUCAGUUUGUUUGGAGAAGAGCUUUUUCGUCGGAAGUGAAAUCUGCCGAGCACUGCAAUGUCGGUACAAUCGGUCAUGUGGACCAUGGUAAGACCACACUGACGGCGGCAAUCACCAAAGUACUAUCGCGAGAUGGGCGUGCGAACUACGUACCGUACGACCAGAUUGAUCGCGCUCCUGAGGAAAAAGCGCGGGGAAUCACGAUUAAUGCUGCCCACAUUGGAUACAGCACCUUGAAGCGACAUUAUGCCCAUACGGACUGUCCAGGGCAUGCUGAUUAUGUUAAGAACAUGAUUUCUGGAGCAUCGCAAAUGGAUGGUGCCAUACUGGUGGUAGCGGCAACGGAUGGCCAGAUGCCACAGACUCGAGAACAUUUGCUACUGGCACGGCAGGUUGGAGUGGACAAGAUUGUCGUAUUCAUCAACAAAGCCGAUCAGGUGGACCAGGAAGUGAUAGAACUUGUGGAAAUUGAACUACGCGAAUUGCUCAGCGACUUCGGUUUCGACGGUAUCAAUAGUCCAGUGGUAGUCGGUUCAGCUCUUUUGGCACUCCAGGGGGAUCAAUCCGAGUUAGGAGAGCCUUCGAUUCAUCGCUUAUUAGACGCCAUUGAUGAAUACGUACCGACUCCGACGAGGGACCUAACUUCGCCCUUCCUGUUGCCUAUUGACAACGCAUUCACCGUUCCUGGUAGGGGGACGGUCGUCAUUGGAACACUUGCCCGAGGAACUAUUAAAAAGAACGAUGACGCAGAGCUUUUAGGAUUCGACGAACAAUUCAAAACCACCAUUGGCGGGCUUCAGGUCUUCAAUAAGGACGUCGGUAAAGCCAUAGCGGGUGACAACAUCGGAGCUUUACUGAGAAACGUGAAAAUUACGGCAGUUCAACGGGGUAUGCUUCUGUGUGCAGCCGGAAGCGAACGAGUAUCGAAUCACUUCAAUGGGACCGUAUAUCUUCUGGCCAAGAAUGAAGGUGGACGGUCGAAGCCACUCACCUCGAAAUACAUUCAGCAGCUGUUCAGUAAAACGUGGAACGUUCCCUGUCGGGUGGACCUCGUGGGACAGGAAAUGCUCAUGCCGGGAGAUCACGGUGCCAUCCGGUUGACGUUGCUCAGGAAAAUGGUGAUGUCCUGCGGGCAGACAUUCACCGUACGAGAAAACGGCAAAACUGUUGCCACUGGUCUGGUGACCGGAGUUUUGAACUCGGUAGAUUUGCCUCAGAAGAAGUUGAUCAAAUUGCAUUUAGAUCAGUUGUAAAAAGAGUACCUACAUGUUGUGAAAAUAGAA